UCAUUCUCAAUGUGCGAGCCUGCCUAUGGGAUUGGAUCUGAAAAUCACACAAAUGGAAUUCCAAUACAAUUUUAUAAUAUAUUAUAUAUUUUUUAUAUAUGUCUAUUUUCUCACGAUUAUAUAGACUACAAGCUCAAAAAAGCUGUUCCCCACAACUGUCUCUCUCUAAAUUUGUCAAUGGCGAAUCCAUAUUGUGCUUAAUCUCUCUCAACGGUCUCUAUGCGUACAUUUUUUUCAUAUAUCUACAUGCUUCAACCACAUGGUUUGAUUUGAUCUGGAGGCUUUAAUUCGUUGUUUUUGGAGUGGUUUACUGUUGGAAUUGGAAUUGUUUGUUUCAAAAUUGGCGUUGUUGUUGAUGAAAAUUCUGGAGGCCUCUUUUAGUUGGAGUGACCCUUGACAUAUGUAAUGAAGGCUUAAAGGGAGGGUUUUGUUGCCGGUAUUCUACAAUUGCAUAAUAAAUUAUGAUUUUGAUAGCUUUAUCGUGUCAUUUCACUUAAUGAUUUGCUGAUUUUUUGGUUUGGUGGAUGCUCGAAUGGUCUUUUCCAAUGCCAGUUGAUGUUGGUCGGAGUCUUGAUCAUACGAUUUAUGGAAGAUUGUAUCUGAUGAACGGUUAUAGUUUUCGGAGUUCUUGGAGAUUAAUGUUGGAGCAAUAGCCCAUAAACACUGGGUUUUUUGUACUAACUUUAGGAGAAGAUUGCAGAAAUUGGACAUGAGAAGCUCUUGGUUCCAUAAACUAUCAUUGAUUUUUGGACCUAGACCGCCACGCAACUGGUUACUUCUGUGUCUAGUUAGCGUCUUUCUUCUGAUUGUGUUACUUGGAUCAUCUCCUCCAAGUGCAUUUGACUCCGCGAGUGUUUCUGUGAGAUCUGACAUUUAUACAAACUAUAGAAGGCUAAAGGAGCAAGCAGCAGGUGAUUAUUUGGAGUUGAGGAAUCUGGUAACUAAUCAUGUGAAGGAUUUUGAUCUUUGUGGGAAGGAAAGAGAAAAUUAUGUGCCUUGCUAUAACGUAUCAGCAAAUCUGCUGGCUGGUUUUCAAAAUGAGGAAGAGUUUGAUCGGCACUGUGAAAUACCACGAGAUCAACAGCAUUGUUUGGUUCGUCCCCCAAAGGACUAUAAAAUUCCUUUGACUUGGCCAACUUGUAAGGAUGUUAUAUGGAGUGGAAACGUGAAGCUCACUAAAGAUCAAUUUCUUUCGUCUGGAAGCAUGACAAAAAGGCUAAUGUUGCUAGAAGAAAAUCAAAUUUCGUUCCUUUCAGAGGAUGGGAUGAUGAUUGAUGGUGUUAAAGAUUACGCUCACCAGAUUGCUGAAAUGAUAGGAUUGGGAAGUGACACUGAAUUUCUCCAAGCUGGCGUGCGCAAUGUACUUGAUAUUGGCUGUGGGUUUGGUAGCUUUAGUGCUCAUCUGCUCUCACUUAAGUUGAUGGCUCUGUGUAUGGCUGCAUAUGAGCCAACAGGUAGCCAGGUUCAGCUGGCACUUGAGAGAGGUCUCCCGGCAAUCACUGGCAACUUCAUCUCAAGACAGCUGCCAUUUCCAUCCUUGUCGUAUGAUAUGGUUCACUGCACUCGGUGUGGCAUUGUCUGGGAUGACAAAGAGGGGUUGUUUCUUAUUGAAGUUGACAGAGUAAUAAGGCCAGGAGGUUACCUUGUUUUAACCUCACCUCGAAGCAGGCAGCAGGGAAGUUCCAUGGACGCAAAGAAAGGAAGCAUGUCUACUCCUUUUGAAGAAUUCACCCAAAAACUUUGUUGGAAUCUUUUGGCACAGCAAGAAGAGACCUUCAUCUGGCAGAAAACUGCAGAUUCUCAAUGCUCAUCUAGCAAAAGAGACAAUUUACCACUUUGUAAAGGAGAUGACGUCCAAUCAUAUUAUCAACCGCUUCCACAUUGUGUAAGUGGGACAGCUAGCAAGCGAUGGAUCCCGAUUCAGAAAAGUUCUUUUGGUUCUCUGAGUUCCACUGAGCUUGAAGUCCAUGGAGUUAAUCCAGAAGAUUUCUCUGAAGACAUGGAGUUUUGGAGAUCUGCUUUAAGAAAUUAUUGGUCAUUGCUUUCACCCUUGAUUUUCUCUGACCAUCCAAAGAGGCCAGGUGAUGAAGAUCCGUUGCCUCCAUACAAUAUGGUUCGGAAUGUAAUGGACAUGAGCGCCAAUUAUGGAGGUUUAAAUGCUGCAAUAAUGGAAGCAAAAAAAUCAGUGUGGGUAAUGAAUGUUGUACCCAUAAGCGAACAUAAAACACUUCCUCUCAUCCUUGACCGAGGUUUUACGGGCAUCUUGCAUGACUGGUGUGAACCUUUUCCUACUUACCCUCGGACUUAUGACAUGCUUCAUGCAAAUAGACUCCUGUCACAUCUUGCUUCAGAGGGAUGCAGUAUGAUUGAUUUACUAUUUGAAAUGGAUCGUAUUCUUCGGCCCGAGGGAUGGAUUAUUAUUUCCGAUAAGGUUGGUCCUGUAGAAAGAGCACGAAUGAUUGCUACACAGCUUCGCUGGGAAGCCCGCGUUAUUGAUCUUCAGAAUGGCAGUGACCAGCGGCUACUAGUAUGUCAAAAGCCCUUUUUGAGAAAAUGAUUUUCCGCGUACAAAACCUUUCUCCAUCCCGAGGACUGUCAAGUUUUUUGAACUCUGGUAAUUCCCUUAGGCCCAUCUCUGAAUUAGGAACAAGCCGAUCAUCGUUUGAAGUGUUCUCUAUAAUUAGUUUUUGAUGAAAUAACUAUGCACUCUAGGAUCCAAGCCUGCCCAAUAUGGUAUCGGAUUAAAUUUGGCUCCAUAUCGAUGUGGAUGGACAAAUCACCCAGGGAUAACGGAAACAGAAAAUUUUGGAAGUUGUAGAUUAGAAGAAGGUUUGCUGCAGAAGUACCCAGUUCAUACAGUAAGAUUUUUCCCCUUGAAAGGGAGUAUGUUGUGGCAAAUCAUUUAUCUGUUUUCAAUUUUUUUUUUUUUAAAUUUCCAUAUUCAUUUAUUUUAUUUGUAAUUGAAUUUUGCUUGUACUAAACAACUGUGAUUCUUGACUGAUUGCUAGAGGACAUAAAUGUAAGUAAUUAAGAUAGUGAAUUUUGCAAUUUAA